GGGCGGCCGGCCCAGCUCCCGCGGAGGGGCGCCAGAGGGCCACGGCGAGGAGGGCGAAGGCCGAGGCGGCCCGCGCCGAGGCCGAGCGCGCGCGCCAGGAGCUGCAGGAGCGCGCGCGCGCGGCCGCCGCCGUUGGCGGCGACGGGCCCUGGCGGCUGGCGCUCUGCCUCGCCGCCUCGGCGGCCUCCGUGGCGGUGUCGGCGGGGCUGGGCGUCCUGCGCCUCGGCGCCACGGCCGGGCCGCUGCUCUCCGCCGUCGCGUCCUGCGCCAUCUGCACGGCGGGGCUGGCGCACACGUGGAGGGCGAGGUCGGAGGUCAUCUUCGAUCUGCUCAACAAGUUGUUCGGCAAGCUGGCGGACGCCGUGCUCAAGGCCCUCGACACCGUCGACGACAUGCUGCAGGAGCCUCUGGAUAAGCUCGACGGUAUGAUCGACAGCAUGGUGGAGGAACAGAGGCCCACCCUCGCGAAGAUGCAGCAGUUCGAAGACGCGAUCAAGAAACUAGACCCAGACUUUGACAUCCCAGACCCGCAGGACCACGACCUCAAGAGGCCCCUCGACGGCUGCGAGGCGAUGAUCGACGAGAUCCUGGACAGGGCCAGGAAGGAGGUGCCGGCGCGGCUCGGGGAGGCGGCCCGCUCCACGGCGGUGGGGCUGCUCGCCACGAGCCGCGGGGCCUUCCAGGGCCUCGCCGUGUGCGCCCCGCUGGCCCUGGUGUUCCUCCUGAACCUCGCCGCGGGGCUCGCGCAGGUCGCCCUCGCUGGCUCCCUGGGGCCCGGCGCCUCCGCCGGGGCGCCAGCUGCUGCGGAGGAGCUGCCGUCGCCGCGCCGCCUCCGCGGCUUCGCCGGCGCUCCGGGGGGCGAGGCCGCGGCGAUGAAGGGUCAGCUGAUGGCCUGCGUGCAGCCGGCGCUGCUGCAGGUGGCGCUGACCAUGCUGCAGACACUCGCAGCGAUGCUGCUCACCCAGGUGCCGCGCAUCGGCGGCAUCGCGAACCGGCAGAUCGAGGCGCUCGAGGCCGAUGUCGGCGCCAGCAUGAACGAGCGCGUCGAGGAGCCGUGGCUAGCGUCUUCGGGCAGGCGUUCGGCGAGGUCCGGGGGAAGGCCGACGAGUUCUUCCCGAGGUUCGCCGACAGCGUGGAGAAGCUGAGGGGGUCGAUCGAGCAGGCCGCGAAGCUCCAGGCCGCCGCGGGCGCCGCCGCGGGCGUGGCGAAGAAGUUUGGCUUCUGAGCUCGUGCCGGUCUUUUUUCGCGCCCUGCUCCCCCUGCUUGCCUCGCCACCCUCCUCGCCCCUUCUCCUCCCCUCCCUCGUCCUCCGCCCCAUGGGGGAGCACAAGACUCCCCCACACACAUGUCCUGGAGAGUGAGCAGCAACAGAGUGGUCGAGACCGCAUGGCGGGAGUGACGGCAGGUGCAGAUAUUUGUUCUGUUCCAAGCUCUGCAUGCCCGCGGCGCCCACCACGGCUCUGGCCGCCCUUCGUCGGCUACACUGAUCUCCUCACCCUUCGAGAGACUCGGGCCCGCGCAAGUGUAAACACCACUUGACGUUCGCCCCUUCUCGUGCAUGUGCGUAGCGAGUCUGAGACGGGCUGCCAGGAACAACUCCCUACGACCAGGCCGCAGGCCGGUGCGUAGCCGUUGAGGCCCACCGUGUUUGCUGCGGCCUUGGUGGCCGACUCCCGGAGCACGUCCAGAGGCCUGGGACGCUCGUCGACACGCCGGCAUCGUCACUGAGCAGAUUUUGGCUGUUUUUGGCGCCCGUCUCGUGCCGGUAGAGUCUCCCCGAGAGGACGAGCUCCUGCAAGCAGCCGCACGUUGCGCAGAGGUCCGGAGCCAGACCCCCCCCCUCUCUCCCCCCCAUAUGGGAACAUAUGUGGGGACUCAGUUUCUUUGCGUGUGUGUUUCUUGGUGUGCCUUUGGGCCCCUUGGAAUUCGACGCCCCGCUCGCUGCCUCCACCAAGGGAGGCCCGGCGGCGGGGCGGCCACAGCCCGGGCGCCCCGCCGGGCGCCGGCCACCGCCUCGGCGGCCGGCCCUGGGCGGGGCGUGCGCAGCGGCGGCCCGCGCGGCGCAGCCUCAGUGCUUGUCCGUGCGCUCGUCCUCC